AUGUUGAGAGGCACAGCCUUCGUGGCUGCGCCGGCGGGGUGGCAUAAUACCCCCUCGGCAGCGUGUGCGACGGCAGCGCUGGGCGCCGCCCUGAACGCCCACGCGGACGCGAUCGAGGAUGUCGUCGCCACGAUGACAGACAUUGUGGCUAGAUGGGCUUCAAGCUCCAACCUGCUAAAGGUAGGCGCGGGAUCCCGCACUUCUGCCAUCUUGAGUCUGCCGCCAACCAGCUUGCGCAUGGAGGCGCAGUGGCCGCAAUCGCAUCGGUCGCGUGGUCGCAUCGAUGUCCGAGUCCUCGACCAUGGGCAUGCGCUACGCCGUGCGCCGAUGGUCUUGAAGGUUCCAGUGUACCUGCCUUCGACUCUGACAGAAUCCAAAGCGAAGGCCGCCCGCGACGCCCUCAUCGAUUUUACCCGGGUGUUGAAGGCCAACCCCCACAGCGGGGACGCCUUCUCUGCGGCUGCCGACAGGCUGUCUGCCGCCGCCUACCCGCUCAUCAAGAACAUCGAUCGGACCUCGGACGUGCACUCGAAGCCCAUCCCUGAGUCAACCCCGCAGCAGGUCACCAAGACCAUCGGCAAGAUGAUCUCGGUGGGUGCGGGAAUGGACAGCGCCUCCCUGCACAAGACCACCGACGCGAUCGCGUUUGCAGACAUUAUCAAGGUGAUGAGCGUGCGAAGCGCACUCGCCGACGUGAUCGAGAGCACGUGCCCGACGGGCCUCUCGGAGGCCCGUGCGUUGCCCGCCGCCGCGGCGCAGGUUGGGGCCGCGGCCGUGUCGCCCGUGGCCGUGUCGCCCCUGAGCGUGCCGCCCAUGGCCGUGUCGCCGGCGGCCGCGCCCGCAGCGCUGGCGUCGAGCGCCGCCCAGGAGUGGGAGGUGGAGCCCUCCGAGCUGCGGCUGACGGACCUGCUCGGCUCUGGCGCCACCGCGCAGGUGUACAGAGGCUCUUGGCACGGCACGGACGUGGCGGUCAAGAAGUUGCUGCGCGGGGGGUCGCUCUCGCAAGAGUUCCACCGCGAGGUAUUGUCGCUGCUGAGGCUCAGGGCAUCCCUCGCGAUUCGCGGGCCACCCAACGGCGCCCAUGACAGGGCGAGGCCGGCGGGCUUCAUGAGGGCAUGCGAGUGGCCACACAACCCGCUCUGGGGUCGGGCCAGGGCCUUGCGGGGCUGGUUGGGUAGGCACGGGGAGUGGGGGCGCCAGUGCCGCGACGUUGCCGCGAGGCAGCUGCGCAGCGAGACCGACGAGAAGGACGAGGAGUAA